AUGGGCUGGUGGUCGCCAUGGUCUUCCGGAUCGAAGAAGGAUCCGGAGACGUUUGCAAAUAAUGACUCCCAUGUCGAAGAAGCAGAGGAGGAGCGGAAGUCCUCCAUUCGGUCAUCGUCCCGCUCCGCCCUGUCCUCAUCCUCCGCGUCUUCGAAAAAAUAUACAGACUGGAACUCGAUCCUCAACGCAACUGAUUGGGCUCAAUUUAAAGAGCCACGGAAUUUGAUCCCUACGAUUCUCCUCACAAGCGGUAUUCUCUUCGUCGUGCAUAUCCACCACCGUUUCCUGCGUCGCAUCCCCGAAGCGAAGGACAUCUCGCCGUCGUAUUUCCGUCGCAGAAGCCUCCUGGGAUGGGUGACGAGCGUGGGUGAUGGCGAUAAUUUCCGAAUGUUUCAUACCCCCGGGGGACGACUGGCCGGGUGGGGAUGGCUGCCGUGGAAGAAGAUCCCGACAUCUAAGAAGGAGUUGAAGGAUCGGACUAUUCACGUCCGCCUGGCCGGCAUCGACGCACCGGAGCUCUCCCAUUUUGGCCGUCCCGCGCAGCCCUAUGCCCAUGAAGCUCACGCCUGGCUAACUUCGUAUCUACUCCAUCGCCGUGUCAGGGUUUACGUGCAUCGGCCCGAUCAGUACAAGCGCGUCGUUGCGACGGUCUAUGUGCGGCGUCUCUGGGACUUCCCAAUCCCCUUCCGUCGACGCGACGUGUCGUACGAGAUGUUGAAGCGUGGCCUCGCGACCGUCUAUGAAGCGAAGACAGGUGUGGAAUUCGGGGGUGAGGAGCGCGAACGCAAAUAUCGCGAGGCAGAGGAAUUGGCCAAGAAGCGAGGGAUAGGACUCUGGAAGGAUUUUCGACGCCAUGGCGGGAAAGGAUGGGAGAGUCCUCGAGAGUACAAGACUCGCAUGGGGUUGGAGCAUCCGUUGGAAGCAAAACAACCAUCGAGCAGCAGUAUUUCCUUCCUUUCGAACUGGCUAUUGCCUUCUGGGAAGAAAAGAAACGAUCGAUGA